CGCGAGGCAACCUUGGCUAUCUCGGCCUCCUUUGCAGAAGCUUCAUCCACACUGAAGAGACACCGCCAAUCGAUCUUCUCAUCACCCUUUGUUUCCAAUGGCGAACCCGACUCCCGAACAAAUCCGUCAGCUGAGCGAGCAAGCCGUGGACUUCGUCCCGGAGAAUGCUCGCAGCCGGCCCUCCACCUUCCUCUCGCUGGCCCCCCAAACGUCGGACUCUUACCCUCGGAGCCAGCGGAUCAAGCAACCCCUCACCGCCGAGGCCCUCGCCGAGGCUACGAAGCAAGAUGGCGCCAACGCUAACGCGAUCAUGCGCCGCGCCUCCAGUCUCAGCAGCGAUGGUUCGAAGUUGCGCUUCCUGAAGCUCGGCCCUGUCCAUUGGGGAGAGCACCAGGACGACCACCAGGCCGAUUUUUACGAGGUCGCAGUCGAGUGAAGCGGUUUCAUCUCGCUGCUGCCGCUGACCAGCGGCAUAACGCUAUCCGGUCUUUCCUUUCACCUCGUCACCGUGUUUUGCGAAAUUGACCAACAUGAGACCGCGAGCGCAGCCAAGAGCAGGUUUGCUUCGGCUGACCGCUGCUUCGGCUCCUUCGGCUCGGCGAAGCCUGGCCCAGACACCUCUGCUUCUCCAAAGGCGGGGAGAGCGAGGGGUGUGCGAGGGGCGGGGAUUUGAGAGCAGGCGAAACUGAGUCCAAUCUCCGCGGUCACCUCGCCUGAGCGACAAGUCCCUCUCACACGAGUUACGAAUGACUUUUCCCACUCUGUAGUUACGCUUGCUCCGGAGGUCAGGGAACGGUGGAGGGAGAAGGGGGGAGAAUGGCAAGACGACUGGGACAAGGGAUCCUUCUGGCUUGGCCUGUUUCUGUUACCCGACGGCUUCGCCGUGAGGGUGGGGAGAGGGUGGAGGUGCUUUUUCGCCUCGAGCCAACAGUGGUAGGAAAUCCAUAUCUCUUCCACACCAGAAACGCGCCGCAUGCAGGGUGGUGUGGCGGGUCCGAGAAGAUGUGUGUCGUUGGAGAAUAAUAUCUCGCAGCCAUUUGCUUCUUCGCUGGCCUGCAUUGGCUCUUUGCACG